GAACGGGGCGGGGCGGGACAGGGCGGGUCGAAAGUAGAUACCUAUACCCCGCCCCACGUUACUGCGGGUCGGGUAAUACCCACCCAUCGCUGGUCAGGUCGGGUAAUACCCUCGAGCAGGUUGAAAUUGUCAUCACUAUCCGGUCUCUCAUUAUUUAAAAAAAAAAAAGUGUCCAGUCACCGUUGUCUAAUCGAGGGUUCGGUUUUACACCCGUUUCCAUCCUCCACGUCACUUUCCUUUUCCCCCAUUCCCUUCCUUCCCUCCCCUCUCCUUUGUUCAACUACUCGCUCUCAGUCUCUCUCUCGAACAGGUAAAAAUUCCCCGUUCCAUUUCAUUUCAUUUAUUGAAUCUGAUUUCCUGAUUGAAAUCUCAAUUUGUCUGCUUUUCCAAACUCAACCGAUUUGAUCUCCUCUUUUGUUUCUUCUCUCCGUUAAAUAGAAACACAGAAAUUCAACGCUUCUGAAUCAGGCACUGCUUCGGGAUAAGAAACAGGUGAAGCUUUAUCCCCCUGACCUGGGUUUAUCUCUUCCGUUGUAUGUCGUUGAUGGGAUAUGGUCAAGUUAGCGAAUUGUUGCUGUCUCUGACUGAUUUGAGUUGUGUUUUUGCUGACUUGUUGGGAAUGGCAAUCGGCGAUUUCAGAUCACAAGUUUCCUGAGCUAAAACUGGGAUUCGGUUGAUUCUCUUAUCUAUUUGUAUCGGAAGAAGCAGAGGGACUCGAUGAGCUAGGAACUAGUGUUGGGAGAGGUAGUUGGGGAUAAAUUUUUUGUUUUCUGUUUGUCGUUCUUGUUUCUGUCCCAUUUGUCAAGAACCGAAUUUGGCGUGAUUUCAUUGUUGUUGUUUGUUUGGGAACUGGGUAUUGAAGGCUGUUUUAAAUGGGUGAGGCCUUUUAGUUGGGUGAAUAAUGCUGCAAGUUGGAGUUUGAUUGCGAAGAGGGAAGUUCUGUUUCCCACUUUCCCUAUGUUUAUAUAUUGAUUGAUUGAUUUGGUUUUUGAUCAAUUAGUUUCACAUCCGCACUCCCAUUUUCUGUUGCUACUGCUAAGGUGUAACCACUUAGCUCCAGUUGACUGCACGAGCAUUCAAGUUCCCCUAUUGAUAUCUCCUCACUGUAGGCUUCAGAGUAGAUUGCUGCAACAUAUAGUCACCCAACAGGGUUAUUGAAACAAGAAAACAUCCAAGUUGUGAACAUUUUCAAGUCCACCGGCUCUCUCUCUCUUGCCCUCUUUAAGAUGGAGGGAAAUUCUGGCGGUGGAGGCAGCAGUGCUGGCGGAGGAGGGUUAGCAUCUGCGGGGGCGGCAGCAGCCUCAGGAGCUGCUGGUGGUGUAGGUGGAGGAGGGAAUGAUGUUGAGCUCAUGUGCAAGACUCUUCAAGUUGAACACAAACUGUUUUAUUUUGAUCUAAAGGAGAACCCAAGAGGCCGGUACUUGAAGAUAUCUGAGAAGACAUCGUCCACCAGGUCUACUAUCAUUGUCCCUUCCUCUGGGAUUUCCUGGUUCUUGGACCUCUUCAAUUACUAUGUCAAUUCUGAUGAGCAUGACCUCUUCAGCAAGGAAUUACAGUUGGACACUAAGGUGUUUUAUUUUGAUAUUGGGGAAAAUAGAAGAGGGCGUUUUCUCAAGGUCUCUGAAGCUUCUGUUAGUAGAAACCGCAGUACUAUCAUUGUUCCUGCUGGAACUUCUAGGGAUGAAGGUUGGGCUUCUUUUAGGAACAUCUUGGCAGAUAUUAAUGAAGCUUCAAGGCUUUACAUGCUGCCCAAUCAGCAAAACUCUGAAUCUUCAGAGCGCCUAGUUGGACUUUCUGAUGAUGUAGGCGCUGGCUUUAUAUCCGGGCACAGCAGUCAGCAGGCUGCUCCAACUUCUGAACUAAAUGUAGACCGGGCAGUUGACCUGCCAACGCAGGAUGAGAUCGGCAACCUGGGAGUGUCAAAGGUUAUCCGAGCUGAUCAGAAGAGAUUCUUCUUCGAUCUCGGGAGUAAUAACAGAGGCCAUUUCUUGAGGAUCUCUGAGGUUGCUGGUUCUGAUAGGUCCUCUAUAAUUCUUCCACUCUCUGGGCUGAAGCAGUUUCAUGAGAUAGUGGGUCAUUUUGUGGAGAUCACCAAAGAUCGAAUCGAGGGGAUGGGGAGCGCCAAUGUCCGAACUGUAGAUCCACCUCAAAGAUGAAUGUCUUUCAUGUGGUGGUUUUGUUUGUGGAAGGAGAAUAAAUGCUAAAGAUGGCUCCGUUUGGUGGCAAGGGAACAUAUAUAAUCAUUGGGAUUCUUUUGGGAUUGUGGUUUUUUUUUUUUUUUUUGGGUGUUGCAGGAUGGAUGUAAAUCCGUUGGAUCCUGCUACUGGUUCUUGCUGUCGAGUAGGGUAAAAUCUG